UAAAUUCUCGAUCUGGGAAAUCAGUCUCUCCUUCAUUUCUCAUUUUCUUCUCUCCUCUCAGCCGACUCACCGUAUCUUUUCCUCCUGUUCUCCACCGCUUUCUCUCAUCUGCUUACGUUUUGUAUCUUCUCGUUUUCAUCGCUUUCGCUACUGCGGUGGCGGCGAGUUUGAUCUUACAACUGGACUCCGGUGUACCGCUGGAGUUUUCGGUGGUACUUCUGAGCGGAGGAUUUUGUAAUCUAUGAAGUUUGGGUGGAGUAGGGUUUGGAUGUGAUCAAGAUUCGAGAUAGGAUUAUCUCUGUGUAAAUGCUCGUUGGAGGGGAUCUAGGUUUUCUCUCGCGCUUUGUGGUGGCGGCGUUGCUGGUGGUUGCGGGACCAGUGUUGGGUUUUGUGUUUAGAUGGAAGUGGCGUCGUGCGGUGGCUAGGAGGGAGGAGGUUGACCAGCUUUUGUAUUUUGCCUCCACUGAUGCUGCUAGGGCCGAGCUCGAGGCUGCUGCGCAGUACAGCUUUGACUACGGCGGAUAUAGCUACGGUUCUGUGCUGGAGGGUGAUGUUCCAGCUGCCGUUCCCAUGCCUUCUCCUGUUCCUGCAUAUUCAUCGUCGACAUCUGUGCCAGCUGCACCGCAACUGCAGCACCAAUGUGCUAAUUGCUUUUCCCCAGCUUCUACUCGGUGCUCACGGUGUAAAGCUGUUCGAUACUGUUCAGGAAAAUGUCAAAUAAUCCACUGGAGACUUGGUCACAAAGAUGAAUGCCAGCCACCGUCCAACCAUAAUCAUGGUAGUGAUGGUGAGGGAACUAAUCAUUUCAAGGCAUUUAAGAAAGAGGAAAAUGAAGGUUGUGCUGGAGGAAUUGAACCCGAAGAGAAAAACUCUCCCGUAUCAAUUGAUCAAUCAUUUCCAGAGCAUAUACACUCUAAAUCCAGUAUCUCUAUGGAAUCAAACACAGCGGAUGUCUUGAAAGGAAAACAUCUCACAGAUGACAGAUCUACAAACUCAGACCCUGAGUUCUCAUCUCAUAUGUUUUCAACUUCCACCUCUCGUGAAUCAUUUUCGUCCACAUCCAUCAGUGAUUCAAAUGAUUCUGGUGGUAUUGACAAAGCUGCUGGCAUUCGUUCUUUAAACACUGAGACUUCUCAAACCACCUCAGACCAUCACAGGCCACAGUUUCUGGAGCAACCCACUGUGGUCAGUUCUAUAAAUGCUGUUUCAACAUCUAGUGAAUCUCCUUGCAUAAAUCUGGGGCCCUAUGGAAGUACAAAAUCAAAUUAUUCAAGCUCAAGGGCAUCAACUGUUGAUGGUUCUAGUAAAUCUUCAUUAUUGGUGUCCUCUGUACCGUCUUCUGACUUUUGGAAAGAAAUAGCUCGCUACAGCAGAUCUAAAGUCAAUGCAAUGGAAGACGUUGUUGGUCAUCCUGAUUCUGAAGAUGUUAUCGCCUCCAACUUUUUAGAUGCUCAGUUACUCCCACUUGGUUCCUCUAAAAUGGCUAGAGCUACCACUGCUCUCAGUAUGAACGAACCAAAUGCAGAAGUCAUUGAUAAUGUGGACAUGCGGAGGUCUUCGUCAUUGAGACCCAAAUCACGUAAUACUAUGGAGAAUGACAUGUUGAAAACAUCAUCAAGCUAUAAGGAAACUAGACAUUCUCUGUCUGCUGCUUCCUGUGCUUUUCCAGUGAACCAUCUAAUGCAGAAUGAUACACUGAAAGCCAAUAGUGCCCCAAAAACUUCUCUGAAUGUUUCACAUGCCCCAAAAGCCAGACAAGUUGAACAUGUUCUUGCAAAACCUCCUCAAGUUUAUCUAUCUUCUACUGCUAAUAGGCAUGAUUAUCAAGGCGUAAAGCCUGUAAAGAUUGAUAGGGCACAAGUCAAUUCUUGCGUAUCAGGCCCAGGAGGUGAUUCACAAAGUUCAAAGAUUGGCCUGAAAUCAUCAAUUUUGAAAGUCGUUGACCCAUUCAAAGUUUCAAAGUCAUCACAGCAUAAUGCCUUAGGAGCCUGGGGUGAAACAGCAGGAAGAUACAAUAAUAAGGGCCUAUUUCCAUAUGAGUUGUUUGUGAAGCUUUUUAAUUCAAACAAUAUCGAAUUACGUCCAUUUGGCCUCACAAAUUGUGGUAACAGCUGUUAUGCGAACGCUGUCCUUCAGUGUUUGGCAUUCACUCCACCCUUUACGGCUUAUUUCCUUCAAGGAUUCCAUUCAAAAGGAUGUGCAAUUCGUGCAAAGAAAGAGUGGUGUUUCACAUGUGAAUUCGAAUCUCUAGUUCUGAAUGCGAAGGGUGGAAGUUCUCCCCUCUCCCCAAGCCGGAUAAUUUCCCAUUUGGAGAAUAUCGGAAGCAGUCUUGGGAAUGGGAGAGAAGAAGAUGCUCAUGAAUUUCUCAGGUAUGUGAUUGAGACCAUGCAAUCGAUCUGCUUAAAGGAAGGAGGUGUCCAUGCACCAAGCACUUUGGAAGAGCAGACGAGUCUCAUUGGCUUUACCUUUGGGGGCUUCCUCCGUUCGAAGAUUGAGUGCUUGCGUUGUGGAGGCAAAUCUGAGAAACAUGAAAGAAUGAUGGACCUUACGGUGGAGAUUGAUGGAGAUAUUGCAACCCUGGAAGGAGCUUUAAAACAAUUUACGCACACUGAGGUUCUAGAUGGUGAAAACAAGUACCACUGUACCAGAUGCAAAUCGUACGAGAAAGCCCGGAAGAAGUUGAAAAUAUUAGAGGCCCCUAAUGUCCUUACCAUUGCAUUAAAGAGAUUUCAGUCAGGUAAAUAUGGGAAGCUUAACAAAAUGAUUACAUUUCCUGAGAUUUUGAAUCUGGCCUCGUACAUGAGUGGUACAAGCGAUAAAUCACCGAUUUAUAGGCUUUAUGGAGUUAUUGUACACUUGGAUGUUAUGAAUGCUGCCUUUUCCGGUCACUAUGUAUGCUAUGUCAAGAAUUUUCAGAAUAAGUGGUUCAAAGUUGAUGACAGCACGGUGAAACCUGUAGAACUAGAGCGUGUCCUGUCAAAAGGAGCAUACAUGCUUCUGUACUCAAGGUGCUCUCCGCGGGCCCCGAGGUUGAUAAGGAAUUCAACAGUUUCUCAUGAUGCUCGGGCACAGAAGCCUUUGCCCUGUAAAUCGAGUUCUCAUAGAAAUUCACUGGAUUACUCGUCAAAUGGCCAGGGAUGUAAACAAUGCUUGAAUUCUUCGCGAACGGGACCCUGGCCGAAUCAAACAGUAAUGACAGAGGACUCGUCGAGCGACAACUCGUCAUCGCUCUUUUCUGAAGGCGGCUCUUAUAGCACUGACAGCAGCAACCGGGAUUCCACUGAGGAUUUUGUGGACCAGUUGUUUGGUGGCGAUCCCGGCUAUGGGUGGAGGAACUCUACAGAUUCCGAAACGUCCUCUUCUUCGUCAUCUCCUUUUUCCAGGCACUCACCCCUUGCUGACAUGGACCGUUACGCUUCUUCUGGAUAUCCCGAGGCAAGGAGUGGGUACAUAGACUCUUCAACUGAUCAUCAGCCGCAGGGGUUUUGGAGAGGGCCAUCGUCAGAGCAGAAUACAACAGCCAAACAUUGUAGCAAGAGCUUAGGUGCCAGUAGAAGCAGUGGCAGUAAAAUAGGAUCUGAUAAAGCUUAUGGAAACAUGAAAUGUAGAUGAGGUAAAUGUCAACCCUACCCUAGUCAACCCUAUGAGGUAAAAUAGGAUCUAAUAAUCAUAUAUGAUUAUUAAGUUUUGUCUGUAUUGUAGAUGGCAAGUAAAUAAACCCUUUAUGAGCUGUAGAGUUUGGGGUUAAGAGUUUGGGCGUAUUUCCUGGGGCACCCCUAGUGAGAAACGUGCCAGAGCCAUGUUUUUUGUCUCCCUUCCCCCCAUUUGUAAUCCUAGGGUUUAACAUAAAUACUCCGUAUAUAAUUUAUUAAUAUACAUGUAUCCUUAACUUGAGUAUGAAAUGUGGGUGUUCUUCCCAUUUCCAAAUGUAACUGCGGGGUUUGUUUAAUUUUGGGGUGUCUAUUGCAUUUAAGAGC